CCUGCAUUUGUCCAAUUUGCAAUUGUUUGGACUAGUGAUGACACCCUAGGUUGUCUGAAUAAAAACAUUUGAUGAUAACUUGUGAAGUAGCAAUCUGCGUUGCCCAGCUAACGGUAACGUUAGUAGCAGCAGCAGGAAUAGGCGACAGUUCCAAGUAGCUAGUAACGUUAGUGGUUAGCUGUACAAUAUAAUGGAAGUUAGCAACCCGCUUGGUCAAUAUUAGCAACGUUUUGCAGAAACAGACAUUAGUACUAAUAUUUUGCCUUUGAGAGUUGAACUAUCACAGUAAUACCGAAGAUACUGGGAGCCAGUAUAUGGUUGCUAUGGAGAUGGCUGCUGAAGACAUAGUGAUUCAGGAGACCUUGGGGGCAGAGGUGGAGCUACUGGAGGAUAUGAUCAAAGCCCACAAGCAGAGUCCACCGGACAGGGAACACUCUGAAAAUCCCAACUUUAUUUCUACUCCUGUACACUUGGAGAUCCCCAGGUUUUCUGUGCCACGUCCGUUUUCCAUGCCAGAGGACUCGAGUGACGAUGACUGUGACCUGUCAGGGGACAGCAUCUCUGCUUACGGCAUGCAUUCCAUGGAGCUGGGGGGAAAGUGCUGGGAAUGUGGCGUGCAAUUCAUGUCUGGCCAGGAGUUGAUCGAACACUUUGAGAGCCACAGGUCCAAGGUCUCAACGUCCUGCAACAUAUGUCAGGUGACUUUCAGUCGCACAGUAUCACUGGCUAUGCACCUAGUCAACGCACACCCAAACUUAGUCCUCCAUUGCAGUAACUGCCAGCUGCAUUUCAGCAACUUGUGGGAUCUCAACAAGCACAUUGGAAUACACUUGUUCACCGAUUUGUUAAAUACACCCCUUGAGGACAUCUCAAAUAAGGACUUGAAUAGCAGUGAAGAGACUUUAAAGGGACAGUAUACUCUACCUUCAGCCUUGGCCGUCAAACACGAGGACAACUCAAAUGAUGGCUUGAAUGGCAGUGAGGAAACUUUAAAGAGACAUUAUACUGUACCUUCAGUGGUGGCUCUUGACCAUGAGGACACCUCAAAUGAUGGCUUAAAUGACAGUGAGGAGACUUUAAAUGCACAGUGUACUCUACCUUCAGCAGUGACCCUAGACCAUACGUAUAGCAUGGAAAGCAAUGGGAGAAUGACAAAGACCAGACAUAGGCUGGAGGAGGAGGAAGAUGUCAAACCAGACCCUUCCACUCUGACCCUAGGCCCCUCCAUUCUGACUCCCUCACUGAGGAUCCGUGUCAAACUGGAGAGAGGGGUUGAGGUUGAUGGCGCCCCCCUCCAGUCGGACGAGGGUAUCAGCGAUGGAGAGGGGAGUGAACAUAGCGAAGACACUGAGAGUGCAGGAGGAACAGACAACGACAGGUUAACAGAGAGCAGCGGAGAAACUGAUAUCGAUGAGGAGGACAUCAUGCUGAGUGAAGAAGAGCAGGAGGAAGUUAAAAGCAAACGGGAGGAUAGGAAGAAUGACAUCCAGAGCGAAAAAGAGGACGAGGAUGCUGAGAUGCUUAUUGACCAAGAGGGUGAGUCCUCCUCGUCGGAGCGGGAGUCAGAAUUUGACCCAGAAGAGUUAUCAGAUUCUGACUCGGGGUCCAGCAGCACUGGGGAAUCCAGUGGGUCUUCUUACACUCCUGUGCGCACACGGAAAGCCAAGACCCGGCCAUCCCGGACUAAGCAGCCCCUGACCAAGUUGUCCCAAGUCAAGCCUUAUUAUUGCAUCUAUUGCACCAAAGGACCGUAUCAUAAUAUGGACUUUCAUGUGAAGACCUGUAAUAUGAAGGACUUUCAAUGCUCUUUAUGCCAAGCCGUCUUCCCUACCGAGAUGGCCAUGUUGGACCAUGAGGUUCGGACUCACUCUGAAGCCAUAUCGGGCCAAAUGUACACCUGUGAGUUCUGCCGUCAGGUCUUCCCCGAUCUGGCCAUCUACAAAAACCACAACUGUCCCAAAAAAAACACAUCCCCCCCAUAUGUCCUUGAUCCCACUACGUGUAUCCAUUGUGGAACAGGGCCAUUCACUAAUAUGGACGUCCAUUUGAGAGGCUGCAGUUGGAAAGGUCUUACAUGCACUGAGUGCAGGGUACUCUUCCAUAAUAGGAAGGCCCUGCAGAACCAUAACAUUUCAGUUCACGGACAGCUUUCCACUAUGUGUGCUGUUUGCGGCAGAGGGCCAUUCACUGAUAUGGACUUCCAUUUGAGGAGCUGCUCUAGGGAUUGGUCCUUCCAAUGCUCUGAGUGCAAAGUCCAAUUUCCUUCUGAGAAAUCCCUGGUGGACCAUAAUCUUCAAUAUCACAGUGCCACAUCAAAGACCUCUGACCAAGGUGUCUGUGUUUAUUGCGGCAGUGGACCAUUCACUAGUCUGGACAUCCACAUGAGGACCUGCUCUAAGCAGAAGGGCUUAAAAUGCUCUGUGUGCAAAGUUUUUUUUCCUACUGAAUCGGUCCUGGCUGAUCAUAUGGUUUGCUAUCAUAGCACCCCAUACCAUGUCCAUAGCACCCCAUACCAAGUCCAGAGCAUCCCAUACCAAGUCCAGAGCAUCCCAUACCAAGUCCAGAGCAUCCCAUACCAAGUCAAGAGCACAGACUCAGAGACCCCUGAAGGUACCUGUCUCUAUUGUGGCAGAGGUCCAUUCACUAGUCUGGAUAUCCACUUGAGGACCUGCUCUGGGAAGAAGGGCUUCAAAUGCUUUGUUUGCAACGUUUUCUUUCCUACAGAGACAGCCCUGGCCGACCAUAAGGUUCUCUUUCACAGUAUCCCAUCAGAGACCCCUGACAAAGGUACCUGUGACCAUUGUGGCAAAGGGCCAUUCACUAAUCUGGACAACCACAUGAAGACCUGCUCUAAGAGGAAGUGCAUCCAAUGUUCUGUGUGCAAGUUUUUCUUUCCUAGUGAUGUUCUGGCCAACCAUAUGAUUUCCUAUCACAGUACCAAAUCCCGAGUUCAGAGCCCAGUCACAGAGACGCCUGACAAAGGUGCCUGUGUCCAUUGCGGCAGAGGGCCCUUCACUAGUCUGGAACAUCACAUGAAGUACUGCAAUAAGCAGAAGGGUAUCCAAUGCAUUAUGUGUAAAGCUUACUUUCUUACUGAGGGCAGUCUGGUGGACCAUAUUGUUUUAGCUCACGCUGACAAGCUGGUCACCCAAGCUGGUGGGUCCUCCGCUACGACUUUCUCCUUCGUACCCAUGGCUAUCUCUACCACCUCAGGCCAGCAGAGCCCCAGUAGCUCCACCCUGAUGUGUUGCAGUAGUGGAAAUAAGGAGCUGAAACGACUGGCCCCAGUCCCUGUGGCUGAUCAGGGCCCCAAUGCAGUUGGACCGCUAACAGCUGCUGGACAGUCUACUGUGUCUCUGCCUAGAGUAAUGCUGUCUACCACCUCCUCUUCCCAGCCAGCUGUUCCUGUGGUGGCCACCUUGCUCUUUGACAACACUGGUGGUGGUCCAGCGAAAAUGGCCAGGCUGGUCCCAGUGGCCCCACAGACCAACCCUCCCAAACCUCAGGUCACGGCACCCACGCAGACUAACACAGCAAAGCCCCUUGGGCAGUUCUCUAACCUUCUGCAACAGACUGUCCAUCAGGCAAAAUCUGUCCAACAGCAGACACCCAGGCCCAUUGCCCUAGCCAUGGACCCUAUCAGAUCCCCCACCACCCCAUCCCCUAGACCUGUCUUAGCCUCUGCCCCGGGGAAAAUCACCAUGAUCCACCUCUCACCUGUCCACACCCCCCCUCUAGCUCACUCUUCCCCCCCUUGCCUUUGCCCCAGCCCCUCUAAGCAUCAUGUGUAUGUUUGUGAAUAGAAGUAAGGAGCUGGCCCUGGAGAAACGCAUGAAGAUGAGCUGGCGCUCUAAGUGCACCUACACCUGCCGCCAGUGCGGCGCCGUCUCGCAGCAGCCCUCGCUCAGUGUGAAGCACCGCUACCUCCACCGGGGCUCCCGGCAGUACCGCUGCCACUGUGGUAGGUCGUUCCUGCGGCGGUUGCACCUCCUGCGCCACUACCUUCAGCACGCCCAGGCCACCCGCUACAUAUGCACUGCCUGCGGGGAGACCUUCGACGGAGCAAAGUGCCUCGCACAGCACAUGGUUGGAGCUUCCAACACGACUCGAUGUCCAGGUGACAGCAUAACUUUGAAGCUGAGGAAAGAGUGCCGGAUGCCCUUCUCCUGUCACUGUGGGCAGGUGUUUUGUAGGCCCGCUGCUUUUCUCUGGCACAAACUGAAAAACACCCAAAGGACUUAACACUGAAAUGGGCCCAAAGCAGGGCCCUAUUCAAAGCAGUGGUUUUUCCAUGGCUCACACAGACAGGCAAGCCUAUCAUUUACUAUGCUUAGGGAUAGAAGAGGACAAUGCAGUUUGUGGACUUGUUUGACUUUUUUCACUGUGAAUGAAAGAUGAUUCCUUAUGAAAUAAUCUAUGUAUGUAUUGGUUUAAAAUGUGUUUUCACUUCCACUAAAACAUUGUUUUUACCAAAAAUACAAUCAUAUUAAAAUAAUAUAUUUGACUUGA